GUUUUCUUCUAGCAAACAUUUUUGGCAGUUUUUCAUUAGUAUAAAUAGAAGAAACGGAUUCGCUAAACAGCAACAGAGUACUAACGGUAAUCAAAGAGAUAACCCAUCUUUACUUGACUCCGAAAAGAACUGAAUCGUGAAUUGACAAAAUGAAAUUCGCCAUUGUCUUAGCUUGUGUCAUCGCAGUAGUGUGUGCUGCUGAGGAGCCCAUCCCAAUUCUUCGAGCAGAAUCUUCUGUUAAUCCUGAUGGAUCUUACCAAUACGCCUAUGAGACCGGUAAUGGAAUAGCAGGUCAAGAACAGGGUGCCCUCAAGAACCCUGAUACCCUUGCUGCCCAAGGAUCUUUCUCGUACACUGCCCCCGAAGGUGAACAAAUUUCACUCCAAUACGUAGCCGAUGAAAAUGGAUUCCAGCCAAGCGGUAGCCAUCUCCCAACCCCACCACCAAUUCCAGAGGCCAUCCAAAGGGCUUUGGCUUACUUGGCCACCGCUCCACCAUACGUAGAAAAGGAGAACCAUUAGGAGGUUCCCACAGUUUUUACAAUGACUUUGUUAAUGUUUAAGGAAAAUUAUAAAUAAAAGACAGUCAUACAUAACCA